GAGAGAAGAGAGAGAGAAACUGUAACCGAAAGAAACCCAUUAUGAUGAAGUCUCUCAGGUUUAUGGGUAUUUAGAGAGAGAAACAGAGAGCAAAUCCUUUUGAGACUCUUUUUUUGUUGUGGGUGUUUUGAGGUCUGCAAUCAUGGUUGCAAGAACCCCACCUAAGCAGAGGAGAUCAAUGGUAGCUCCCCUCAACCCCAUUCUCAUCAGAGAAACUGUAAACAAGGUGGAUAAAUGCAUGGCAAGAUUGCAAGAACUGCAAUAUACAGUAUCAGGAGGAACCAAGGUGAUAGCUGGAGUGAGUCUGAGUCCAAGGAGCACCAGAGGUUACUUAAGGACUAGUCUUAGGUGCAAGCAAGAAACUUUGAGGAUCAAGAAUGGUGCCGCUAGGAAAUCUCCGGUGGGGAAGUUCCCAGCAAGUACAGGAGGCGAAUGGAGGCGAAUGUCGUUACCAGCAAUGUUGUUAGGAGAAACAGUGGGAGAGAUUCUACAAGCAAGCCAAUUUGCAAAAGAAAUAGUAGCAGCAGUUGCUCAAAAGACCAAGAGAAUAGCCCCAGAAGAUCCGAAAACACCAGUCACAGAACAGAGGAAACCGAGACCCCUGCUUGAGAACACUGAGCUCAAGACUAGAAGGAAGAAGGAGAAGCAAAAUAAACUGCAACUAAUCCGAUCAGAAUCUGAUACACCGUCUCUUCAAAGGGCUCGAUCGCGGAUCAAUUUCAAGGUUUCACCUCCAAAAAAGACCGACUUAAACAAAGACAAUAGUAACCAUUAUGUGGCCAACAGAGUAUCUCCCAAGCACAAGCCUUGGGCUAAAAAAACUGUACUUUUUCCUAACCCUUUGUUCCUUUCUACACCUUCUGCUCUACAGCAACCAAAGUUCUGCAAGACAAGGUCUCCAAUUAUAGCAAGAAGUAAACAACAGACUCCACACAAGUUCUUGAUUAAGUCUCCGCCAUCGUCCUCUUCGAAAUAUCAUGUUAAGAUCAAGAGCCCACCACUUCUUUCACUUUCUCCUACAAGGUCUGCAAACUUGAGCAAGAAAUCAUCACCAAAGGUGUCAACUGCCUCGAAACUGCGGCGAUCUUUUUCACCUUCCAGGCUUGCCAACAGAUUGGUGUCUCCUUUAAAGGGCAGAAAAAGUGUACAGAAGAUUGAUGGUCAUGGGCUGAUGAAUGGACUGAAACAGCGUCCAGUUUCAAUUCCUAAGCAAUUCCCAACUAUGAUGAGGAUUUGAAUGUGUGUAUAUUCUUUAAUUUAUUGAUUUUGCCCUGUUUGAAAUACUUUCUCAACAGCCAUAGUUGAUUUAUUUCCAUUCUUAAUUGUGAGUUCGACAACCAGUCUUUCUACAUUAUGCACUUUGCAAGUCUUUUUGACGAUAAAUGUAGAUUUCCAUUGUAAAAUUUAAGUUCAAUUGGAUCCGAACCAAGGCCCUUGAACAUA